AUUUGAACGUAAGAUCAAAUCUGGAAGUUCAGUUAUAAACCUGCUCCGGGAUGCAUGUGAAUACAUUCAGAUGUGAAGAUGUACGGCCCUCCAGUGGACCUGUCAUUUAAAGGCAUCAGCCACGUCAGAGCAGAGCGUCAACUGUGAUCAGCACUUCCUGACUCAAGCCGAUCGACCAAAUAAAAUAAUUGUCGGCUUUUAGCUGCACGGAUAGAAAUGCAAAACGGAAGACGAACUAAACUGCGCGUUAUUGACUGCGAUUGCUUCGUGUGUGGCUCAGAAGCCUUGUCAGACUUCCCCCGAGGCGGCGUGCGUCCUUUGAACCUAAGCGCCGAGAGGAAGUACCUGAGCCGCGCUUUCCGUCUCAGCAACAACAACAUCACCGACCUGGUCGGCCUCCAGGACACGCUCGAAAGGCUCCUGGCUCAUCCGUCCAGGCUCGGCUGGCUGGACCUGUCCUUCAACAAGCUCACGCGCAUAGACUCCGUUUUGUGCGAGCUGCAGGAACUCCGCGUCCUAUACCUUCAUGGCAACUGCAUCUGUAGCCUGUCAGAGGUGGACAAGCUGGGAACGCUGCAGCAUCUGCACACCAUCACGCUGCACGGAAACGCCAUAGAAACCGACUUUCACUACAGGAAUCACGUCGUCUCUACUUUGCCUCAACUGAAGACGAUGGACUUCAGCGCCGUGACGCGAGCGGAGCGUAACUUGGCAGACGUCUGGUGUCGCUGCUCCACUCGUGCCAAAAAGAAGGAGAGCUGACCGCUAACAUUUAAUUUAGAAAACUCUUCUGGAUUAAAUGUUUUCUUUCCCCGCAGAUCUAA